AGUUUCCUUUCUGACGUAGUCGUGAUGAGAGUCGUCAUCCAACGAGUCACUCAAGCUAGCGUUACCGUAGAGAACAACGUCGUUGGUAAGAUCGGUAGAGGUUUGGUACUGUUAGUUGGCAUCAAAGAAACCGACACCAUGGAGGAGCUGGACUACUGCGUGCGGAAGUGCAUGAAGGUCCGUCUAUGGGAUGACGAUAAGGGAACUGCAUGGAGGGCCUCAGUGACCGAUAAGGACUAUCAGCUUCUCGUUAUAUCACAGUUCACACUGUUUGGACUUCUGCGCAAGGGUAACAAGCCCGACUACAGACUAGCGAUGGGCCCCAACGAUGCCGAGCCGAUGUAUGAUGAGUUCGUCAGACGCUGUAGAGCUGAGUAUGGUGACUCUAAGGGUGACACUGCUGUACAGACUGGCAUCUUUGGUGCUAAUAUGGAUGUUUCCUUGAACAACGACGGACCAGUCACACUGGUAGUCGAUACUGACGAGUACAUGCCCAAGGAUCCGAAAAAGCAGAAGUAGACUGCAGCACUGUGCAUAACGAUAAUCGCUACACUUGAUACUGAUGUUACUGCUGUUUCUCGCUACAAUUUUCCUAAGUG